UUGAGCUCGUGAAUGACGUUGGCGAUGUGCCAUCCGAAUGUCUCAGGAGCAAUGAAACUGGUGAACUUGUGACCUUGAAGAAUCCGUGUGAAAAUUAUCCAUUCUUGGAAAUUUCAAUCAAUUAA